UUCUCUUGGCUUAGGUGUCUCUUGCUUCAACCUUCAUUGUUGUUUCUUCAGGUCAAUGGCCUCGCUCACUGGAAUGGCCAAACAAAGAGAGCUGAAUGGAAUUCUACUGAGUGAAUCAGAACCGAGGUCGCAGAAACGAGUGUCCGAUGCAAAGUCCAGGGAACUCAGUGGGCAUGACAUCUUUGCCCCGCCACCUCGAGAGUUUCCGCUAGUUCAAAAAGUAGCUGAGUUAAGAGGCAAUGGCGCCGGAGAGAGAAUAGUAAGCGAGGUGAAGCUGAGAGAGAUGACUGGGAAUGACAUUUUUGGCAAGGGGGAGAGUGCUGCUCCAUCUCGAGAUUAUCUUGGAGGAGUCCGUAAACCCCCAGGUGGUGGAAGCAACAUCACACUCCUUUGAUGCUGCAUGUCUUUCAGGAACAA